ACUGGAAAAUAAUUUGAAUCAACAAAUUACUAAAAAAAUGUUAAGAAAAAUUAAGCCACCCGCUUCACUAGUACUUACAAACUAUUUGAAACAGUGUAAUGAACCACCGUGGACUUCCUACUUUGUUAAAUAUUCAAGUGUUAUCAACGACCAGCGAGGCCACUCUCAUUUCAACUGGAAGGUUGGCGAUAGUAACUAUCACAUACUGAGAACAGGUUGUUACCCGUACAUUAAAUAUCAUUGUACCAAGAGGCCGUACACAGAUUUGUCCAUGGACAAUCAAAUGAUGAGAAUCAUCAAAGUAUUAAACUUAGGUAUUCCUACACUUUUAUAUGGUAUAGCCGCAAUAUUCCUAAUCAGUCAUUCAGAAGUUGUAUACACAGAUAAAGGGAAUGUUUUAAUUUAUUUCCUUUUAGAGGAAAAGAAAGGAUCUUUACAUUAACCUACACCAGGCUUGUAAAUGCCAUAGAUCCAGUUAUAUAUUUUUAACAUGUAAUUAUUAUUUGUAAAUUUAAUUUAAUUGGAUUUUAAAUUAAAUAUUUAAUUAUGAAUCAUAAAAUGAUGUGUUACACUUUUAAAUAAACAUAUUGUUAUGUUA